UAUGAUGAAUCAGAGUCAUCAGUGGUCUGCAGAGACGUUCAGCCUCUGUUUUGAAUCCAUAAAUGACUCCUGCGUUAAGACAGUCUAUUCUCCGGUGUUCCGUGCUCCUCUAUACCUCCUCUUUAUUAUUGCUAUCAUUCUGAUAGUGUUUGGUAACCUGUGGGUCAUCUGCACCAUCUCCUUUUUCCAGCAGCUCCACACACCCACCAACUACCUGAUCCUCUCAAUGGCCGUAUCGGAUCUGCUUCUGGGCAGUUUUGUCAUGCCCCCGAGUAUGUUGCGCUCUUUGGAAACGUGCUGGUACUUUGGUGACUUUUUCUGCAAGUUUCACUCUGCUACUGACUUUACACUGUGCAAUGCAUCUGUUUUACACCUCGUGUUCAUCUCGAUCGACCGAUAUUAUGCAGUUUGCCAACCGUUUCACUAUCAGAGCAGAAUGACCACACGUGUGAGCGUAUUCAUGAUCCUGAUCAGCUGGAGUUUCUCUGCCUUUUUCGGCUUCGGUAUUAUAUUCUCAGAGCUGAAAAUCGAAAAAAAAAGAACCGAGGAGUUGCAUGUUGCUUGUAAAGGAGGAUGUUUAGCAUUGCACGGCCGAGAAAUCGGAGUAACGUAUUCGCUUGUGUUUUAUUUCCUCCCCAUGUUUAUAAUUGUCAGCCUGUACAGCAGGGUUUUCAUUAUAGCACUCAAACAUGUCCGUGUUAUAAAUAGCGCCGCAAGCUCAUUAUCAGCUACUAAAAUGGAUUUGAAAGCCACUAAAACGCUUGCUAUCAUCAUUGGAGUUUUCAUGUCUUGUUGGACGCCUUAUUUCAUGUGCAACAUCAUCGAUCCUAUUGUCAACCAUACAAUACCGGCUCUGCUGUAUGAGGUUCUGAUGUGGGUGGCUUAUCUGAACGCAGUGUUCAACCCCUUGGUUUAUGCCUUUUUUUACAGCUGGUUCAGAGAUAAAUCCAAACUUUUGUUGGAGAAAUUGUAUAAAUUGUGCUAA